AUGCGAUGCGCGAACAAGGCCGCCGAGAGCGCGUCCGCAUGUCUCUGUGCGGACGCCGAAGCAGAAACAACAGCAACCGAUGUCUCAUCGGUUGCUGAAGCGACUCAGCCUGCGUCACCUGGUGAUGCAGGCGCUCGUCAUGAAGACACUCGAGUCUUCACAGAAUAUGAGCUCGGUGUCUCAUACUCUCUCGAUACGGAAGACGGAUCCGUAUCGACGGCCAUCGAAACCAAUCCGCCUGCCAAGCGUGGCAUGGAUGAUGCUACGCGUCGUAGCAUCUAUGGAGGCGCCAGUAAUUUUGUCGGCACGUCGCAAGAAGAGCGGGACCGCAGUGUAUUGCGUCUCGCUCCCGAGAAUAAGGCAUGGACGCCUUCCAAAUGCGUCAUGGAUCACUUGUCGGCGACGACGAGUGAUCGUUAUCGAACACGAUUAUUCGAUUCGUCAAGGAUCCAUCACCUUGGCCCCAGCGCGAAAGACUAUCGCGCUGAACAUGAAUUCUUCAUCGAUGCUUUCUUCAAACAUCGAUGGUACAGUGGGAAUCACAAACGUGAUGGUCCCUCACUGCUUCAAGCGUGGAGCGCCUACAUCCAUAACCUCGAGGAUGUAGGUCGUGACGCUUGGAACGACAAACUUAUCAAAGCUCGUGAUAAGUUUGAAAAGCGAACCCCGACAGGUGCACGCUACAAGCUGCAUCGUCUGUCAAGGGAGAAAGGAUUACCCUGCCUCUCUUGGGGAGACUCGUGCCCAUGUUGUGUGAACAACUCUGCACGAGCACCUAAGGAGGCUUACCUCCUUACUAGCCCGUGGUGGCGCGUACGUAUCUCUACUGAGAUGUACGAAGGGAUUGACACCCUGAAAUCCCUCUACGACCGGGCCGGGAAGACUUUCUCCGGCGGUCCUUCUGCGGCACAAGAUGUGCCGCGUUGUACUGCUCUACCAGACCCAGUAUGUCAACCAUCAGUUGGGAGCGGGGCUACCAAGUAUCCCAGGACGGGGGAUAGCCGCGCCACCGGACGAGAUGACUCGUCCGACGUCCGUUCACGUCGCGGUGGUUCAACAGCUGCUCAACCAGAUAGCGCUGGCCACCGCGAGAGUCCUCUAAUGGAGGUGGAGGAGGGAAGACGCUCUCCACACAAUCGUGGGGAAGCGUGUGUUCCCGAGAGCUUCUUUGAUCGCGUAACGCAAGGGUUACGCGGCGAUCUGAACAUGAGCGGGACAGGCGUAUCCAACCGCGCACACUGUCUCGAAGCAUCGAUCUGA